CCCCGAAGUUUCUUGGGCCCCGGGCGGCCGGCGGGACAGAGCGCUGCGAGCAGCCGCCCGGCCGCCGCGGAUGGAGCUGCGGGGGCGCGCGCGGCGCGGGGAGUGAGCGCACCGCGGCCGAUCGGCGGACCCAGCGGACUCGCCAUGGAGGAGGAGGGGGUGAAGGAGGGGGGUGAGAAGCCCCAGCGAGCGCGGACGGCGGACAAGGCGGGCUGGAUCAAGAAGAGCAGCGGGGGCUUCUUAGGGCUCUGGAAAGACCGCUACCUGCUCCUCUGCCAGGCCCAGCUGCUGGUCUACGAGAAUGAGGACGAGCAGAAGUGUGUGGAGACAGUGGAGCUGGGCAGCUAUGAGAAGUGCCAGGACCUUCGUGCCGUCCUCAAGCGGAAACACCGAUUUAUCCUGCUGCGAUCCCCAGGGAACAAGGUCAGCAACAUCAAGUUCCAAGCACCCAGUGGGGAGGAGAAGGAAUCCUGGAUCAAAGCCCUCAAUGAAGGGAUCAGCCGAGGCAAGAACAAGGCUUUCGAUGAGAUAAAGGUGGACAAGAGCUGUGCGCUGGAGCACGUGACCCGGAACCGAGUGCGCGGGGGCCAGCAGCGCCGGCCGCCCACGAGAAUCCACCUGAAGGAGGUAGCCAACGCAGCUUCUGAUGGACUUUCACGCCUGGACCUCGAUGCUCUGGACAGCAGGCCGCCAGGGCUUACCCCCGGCAAUGAUGUCAGUGCAGCCCAGCCCCGGGAGGCACCCCGGCCCCUCAUGCCUCCCACCAAGCCCUCCCCGGCUCCCGAGGUGACCGUCCUUGGUGACAGAGUGGAAACCCCUGUGGGGCAGAGAGCCCCAACCCCUGUCUCCGAAAGCUCUGAAGUGCAGCCUGAGAGCCAGGAAGACUCAGAGACGGCUGUGGGCGAGGACAGUGCCUCUGAGCAGCUCCCCAGGGUCCUGCCUGAGAAGCUGAAGGUGAGCUGGGACAACUCCACCCCCGAGGAGCCCCCUGCGCCUGAGACUGCGGGACCAGCCGAGGCGCCCUGUUCUGAGACUUCCGAGGCCCCGACCAAGGAGGCCGGGCAGCCCCCCACGCCCCCACCCAAGAUCCUAUCGGAGAAACUGAGAGCCUCCAUGAGUGGGGUGGAGGCUCCGGAGCCAGCCCAGAGUCCCGGGGCCUCCGAGCCCUCUGCCCCCGGCUCAGCACAGGCUUCAGUGAAUGGCGUGGACUACAGUCCCGAGCCUGCCGAGCCAUCCCAGGCUGCUGGCACUCCGGGAAGCCCCCCAAAGAACGGAACGGCUUCUACAGUGUUCCCCUGGGACCUGCCAUCUCAGAUCCAGCCCCGCCGCUCCUCCAUGGGGGACCUGCUGGGGGAAGGCCCCCGGCGCCCGCAGCAGCGGCUGUUCCGGGCCCAGCUGGAGGUGCAGGUGGCCUCCGAGCAGACGGAGAAACUGCUGAACAAGAUGCUGGCCGGCGAGCCGGCCCCGGUGAGCGCCGAGACGCUGCUCAGCGAGGCCGUGGAGCAGCUGCGGCAGGCCACCCAGGUCCUGCAGGAGAUCCGAGAUCUGGGAGACCUAAGCCAGGAAGCACCCGGGCUGCGGGAGAAGCGGAAGGAGCUGGUGACCCUCUACAGGAGAAGUGCACCCUAGGGCCUGCCGGGCCGGGGCGCGGCCCCUGCUGGCUGGCCGCGUUCACCGGAGCCCAGCCCUGCCCAGAAGUGUGCUUCUGCUCGGGCUGCGGAAGAGCCGUCGGACAUGUCAGUGUUUGGCCGGGACCUGCAGAGGCUCCGGGACCCUUCCUGCCUUGCCUUGGCCGGUGGUGCAGGUGUCACCCAGGCCCACGUCUGGCCGACUGGCCUGGCCCCCGGGCCCCGGCUCAGCGGGGAGCACACACUCAGGACCUCUGCGCUCGCAUGGCUGUUCCGAUCUGCUCCAGGGCUUUGGCCCAGCACUGGGGGUCUGGGGGUGGCAUCGUCUCUGCUUCUCACCCUCGGUAGUUUACAUUCCUGACUUCUGAACAGAGCACAGCUAGGCCCCCCGCAGCCUCUAUGUCCAGAUCCUCCCAGGCAGACAGCCUCCUGGCAAAGGCAGCUUCAAGGCGUAACCAGCC